CCCAGGUCCAAGCAAGCUGCAAGCCUGUUGCGGCCGCGCUGCCUGAGCAGGCUGAGGUUGAAAACGAUCUUCGAUCUAGCUGCAUCAUGUCCGAUCAAUGCGUCCCUAUGUCAGAUGGAUUAGGCGAACAGGAAUGCAGCGCUACGGUGUAAUCUUAAUAGGUACUCUAUUUCCAGGUUGGACCUGUGCCAGUGGGGGCCGAUCGGUUGCGGAUACCUUCACGUCAUGACAAGCAAGGGAUUGGUACCUUGACUUGAAGGAGGACGUACUAUGGAGAUGGGGAGAUAAGAAAGCCGGUAUAUGAGAUAUUAAUUGUAGAUUCCAAUUGAAGGCGGAUUUACAUGCUAGGGCCAGGAUCAGCAGUCGACGGCAGGAAACGGAAGAGAAAGCACCGGACUUGUCUCUUGCCAUAGGAGGAGGAUAGGAGGGCAUACCAAGGCAGGGGCAUGGACGUUCUCAGGGACAAACCCUCGAUUGUAGCGGCCUUGACCAUCUUGCAUUGUGGGAGGGAAGUUGAAACCAGGUCGACCGCGUGAAAAUCUGCAGCCAGAGAGGACUUUACAGCACGAGAGACGAUGGGUUGGAAAGAAGCGUUCAGUGGCCUCUUCUCAUGCGGCCGGUGUGGGAUGCGGCCUAAAGGUUCUUCCAAACGAGCGAUGACACUGGCAAUUGUGGGACUGGACAAUGCUGGGAAAAGCACGUUGUUGGCGAAUGUCAGGGGGGAGAGCCCAGAGGCGACAGUGCCCACAUGGGGGUUCAUCAACAAAGAGUGGAAGAUGGGCAGCUGGAACAUUGUGUUCUAUGACCUUGGGGGCGCACGCAAAAUACGGAAGAUCUGGGAAAGAUACUAUGCAGAGAUCCACGGGCUUGUGUUUGUGGUGGACGCUUCGGAUGAGGCGCGGCUGGAGGAGGUACGAGAGGAGCUGGAGCGAGCCGUGCGACACCCCUACAUGGCGCAGAAGGCCGUGCUCAUCUUUGCCAACAAGCAGGAUAAGAAGAUGGCGCUCGGACCCGCCGAGGUUGCGGCCGGCUUGGGGCUGUCCUCAACAGGAAGCGAGACGUACAAAGUCGUGGGCUGUUCGGGCAUCUAUGCGGAGGGGGAGACUCCCGACAGCUCCAUUCUGGACGGCAUGCUGUGGCUCAUCGGAAGCAUUGACAAGCACUUCGUAGAGCUGGACGCUAGGGUACGGGAUGAGGCAGAGGAGCAGAUGGCGCUCGAGAAGCGGUUGAAGGCAGAGAGGAAAGUGAGGGCCGACUCAAACCGGGCUGAGCGGCAACGGAACGAGGCCCACGUGCAUCCCGACCCCGAGAGUGACAUCAGCACCGCGCCGGCAGCGGACACUUCAACGUCGAGCGCCGCUGGUCUGGAGCGAGAGGCGCAGGAUGACAAAAGCGGGGCGGCCAGCGGUGUUGCCCCGUCAUCGAUUCCGGUUUUGUUGGACUCUGUAGAAGCGCUUCCGGUCAGCUCGUUGUCGGCAGCGGCAGCGGAAGCAAGUUCGGCGGACCACGGAGCGGGGUUUGAUUUGCACCCGUUUGCAUUGGAGAGUGCGCCGCCGCAGUUGGACCGGCCGGGAUCGCGGGGGAGCGACGGAAAAGGCCGGAAAAAGUACGUUCUGACGGAAGACGUCGAGUUGAAACAGGGAAGCAAUCCGGAAGAGGCGGGGGCCGUGAGCGGACAUGCCAGUGGAGUGGGUACAAUACAGUGAAAGAUGGUCGUUUUAGAAAGUAAUGACACACACGAGCGUCUUUGUAGGGAGUCGAGCAAGGGACCGAUGGUCUGCGAUUGCAAACGGAACGCCGUCGGAAUGACGGUCAAAUCCAUUAGAGAAUAUUGGCAGGUAUUUGAUUCAAGCGAUCAAUGUCGAGGCAUACAUCGGAAAGUCAAAGUACGACACGGGCAUUAGAGUUGUAAGGACAUCGGAUAGGACUGAUACGUAUAGAUGCCGUAUAAAUUAGGGCACGCACACAGCGACAGCAGAGUCCGGCAGAGCUAGGUGUCGCCCGGCCGCAUAACGUGCUGAAGACAACUGGCUGCUGACAGCAGCUGCAUUUAAGCUUUGAGUCCAGCUCGCACGCCAGCGAGCGCUGCGCUGUGACGGAUGACCUGGUUCGUGUUUUUACUGUG